AUGCCAGAGUCCUCUACGCUCGCCGUCCACCGGUGUCGUUUCGUCGACUUCACCCCUUCCGCGGUUACAGCGCUCUGCUUUCCUCCCCUUCCGCUGCCGUCUAUCAAGGGCAAGAAGGCCGCCUCAAAACAAGGGUUCCCUGGAUUUGGUCCACUGGUCAUCGGGCGUGCGAACGGGAACAUCGAGCUCUGCGAGUGGACAGGCUCAAAUCCUCGCAGUCCUGCUUCCCAGGCAUGGGUAGUCCACAAGACUUUGGCCGGACCAUAUUCGUCAAAAGUUGAGUCGCUCGCGCUCACAUUCCGCUCCCCUCGGCGAGCCGCACAAGAAGACAUACCCUCAUGGUCAAAUCUUCGGCUCUUCAGUGCCGGCGGAGGCAGCGAGCUGGUAGAGUGGGAUAUUGAAAAAGGGUGUAUUAAGCGCACCCUGAGCUCUCAAGGAGGAGCCAUUUGGUCCAUUGCGUCGAACCCGGCCUCUACUAUCCUUGCUCUCGGCUGCGAAGAUGGAUCCGUCCGGUUGGUGUCCUUGCUCUAUGAGGAGCUCGGCCAUUUGCGCCGUCUUGACAGAGUGAAGAGCCGCAUCCUCAGCAUCGCAUGGGGCCCUCCCACCCCUCAGCAACCCAACACUACCGCGGAUUCAGAUUCUGACGACGACGAUGACGUGUGGACAGACUCCUGGCUUGUCACUGGCUGCUCUGAUAGCAGUUUGCGCAAAUGGGACUUUGCCAGUGGACGGGUGCUAGAGCGGAUGGGGACAGACAAAGUCCGGGGAGAGCGGACGUUGGUGUGGGCCAUUGGUGUAGUAGGCGACGGGACUAUUGUCUCAGGCGACUCCAUGGGGCACGUCAAGUUCUGGGACCAAAGAACUUGCACCCAGCUCCAGAGCUUCCCGGCACACGCCGCAGAUGUCCUCUGCUUGACCAUUGGCGCAGACGGCACUUCCGUGUACACGUCUGGAGUCGACCAGAAGGUCACGCAGUUCGCCUACGUCAAGACCUCUCGCACGACCAACGAUCCCUCACCCCUGGCACCACGCGGGAUGGCGCGAUGGGUGCAGACAUCUUCACGCAGGUUACACUCGCAUGACGUUCGUGCGCUUGCGAUUUGGCCGCCACACACACCACUCCCUUCUUCGCACCAAAGACACUUCGCAGAAGACAUCGCGCCGGUGCUCGUCUCAGGCGGACUCGACAUGUCCGUGGUCGCCACCCCAGCUGCAUCGCCAUCUGCGACGCUUUCCGGCAAGGUCACCAACCCGCUAGUGACAAGCACCCAAGCUACCUUUGUGGAUGCGUAUCAUAGGCGACUGGCGUACUCGAGCGGACCAGCGAGCGGGUCUGCAGUGCAUCUCGCAAAGGAUGCGAGACUGGUUCUGUGCACGCGCGACGCAGGCGUCACGGUUUGGCGGAUACCGAAGAGGAAGCGGAGGAACGAGGAAAGCUUGUCCGACGAGGUGGAUCCCGACUCGGCAAAGGAGGACAACUGGGAGCGCGUGCUGGACAUGGACCUCAACGUACAGACGAACAUUUCAGCUGCAGCCAUCUCGGACGACGGCAAGUGGAUUGCCGUUGCAGAUUGGUACGAGACGAAGCUCUUCCAGCUGCUGAACGAGCAGAACGGCGAUCUCAGACCACGGCGAAUGCGGGAUUUCUCUUCCCUCCUGCAAGGCCAAUUGACGGAGUCGGUUACGGGCGCAUCCUCCCUCACUUUCACGCCAGACUCCUCAAAACUGAUUGUCGCUACGUCCAUGUCCGCGACGUUGGUCGUUAUUGACCUCGGCGACGGUGCGCGGUCUCCAACCGUCCUCCGCAAGUUCGAGCAACAUCGCAUGCGAGACAACAUCGUCAAGGGCAGGUUCGUCAAACGCCGCAAGCACGCACGCCAAUCUACCCCCGACGGCGACGUAGCUAUGGCCGACGAAGACGCUGAGCUCACUCCAGGGGCCGACAAAGAUGGUGCCGCAGACGACUCGGGGUCUGAGUCGGACUCGGACUCGGACGCCUCCACGCGCGUGCACACGACGAUCACCCGGCUCGCGGUGAGCGCGGACGGCCAGUGGCUCGCGUCCGCCGACGCCCGCCGGCGGACGCACGUCUUCAACCUCGACGCGGUCCAGCACCACGCUGCGCUGCCCACGCUCCCGCAGGCGGUGCACGCGCUCGCGUUCGACCCCACCUCCCCCGCGCUCCUCGUCCUCGGGCUCGCGGACAACACGCUCGAGGUGUACAACGCCGAGGCGCGCACGUUCCCCCGCUGGGCCCGCGCGCUCGUCCACGCCGUCCCGCAGCGGUUCGUGCAGCUGCACGACCCCGUGCUCGGCGUCACGUUCGACCCCGGGCGCGGGGCGGGGCGCAAGGGGCAGGCGCCCGAGCAAGGGGAGGGCCAGAGCGCGCUCCCGCCGAAGACGGCGCUGUUCUGGGGCGCGACGUGGAUGUGCAAGGUGAUGCUCGCGGAGCGUGUGGGGUGGGGCGGGUUUGAGAAGCGGAGGCGGAACAAGCGGAAGGCGGAGGCGGGCCCGGAUGGGCGCGUCGAGGUCAGCGGCGCGGGCGGGGAGGAGGGGCAGCAGGGGCAGGGGCAGCAACGGAACUUCAAGCUCGUGACGCAUUACCGGCCGAUUCUGCUCGUCGACUUCGUCGCACCGGGCGAGCUGGUCGUUGUCGAGCGGCCGCUGGUGGACGUGCUGGCGAAGCUGCCGCCGGCGUACUUCAAGCCGAAGUAUGGGGCGACGUGA